UCGAAUUAAAUAAUUUAAAAGAAUGUAAGUGUAAAUAAAUCAAUUAAGUUUAAUACAUCGCAGAAAUAAAAUUCGAUUUUAGAAAGAAGAUCUUAACAGAAAAGAAGAAGGCAAACAAACAAGCAAAAAUAAUAAGGUGGAAUUCUUUUUUUUUUUCUAUAUUUAAAUUUAAAAUUUCACUUUUGAUUUUCUUCUUUAUUGAAUUUUCUUUGCUAUAUUAAUAAUUUCAAUAGUCAAAAGUAUGAAUAAAUUUUAUAAAUAUAAAAUGGCAACACCAAAAAUUUUUGUUAUAUUGUUAAUAAUUUGCAUAGAUUUUGUGAAUUCAAAUAAUUCAGGUGAUUAUCCUUUAAUCAAUAAUAGAGCACCAAGAAAUAGUAUUACAAUAGGACCAUGCACUUGGGUUAUAAAUAGAUCAUGUCCAGAUACUGAUAUUAAAUUUUAUUUAUUUACUCGAAGUAAUAGACAUGAUCGUCAAUUUAUACAUAUUGAUGAAACUAAAAGCAAAUCAAAUUUAUCUGAAUCAUUCUUUAAUCCAAGGAAUCCAACAAAAAUUAUAAUUCAUGGUUAUAAUUCAGAUAUGUAUUUGGGUCCAUUAAUAUCAAUGAAAGAAGAAUACUUACAAAUAAGAGAUUAUAAUUUAUUUUAUGUUGAUUGGAGUAUUCUUGCAACCGGUCCAUGUUAUUUUUCAGCAGUUCAUAAUACACGUCAUGCAGGAAAUUGUAUAGGUCAAUUAGUACAAAGAAUAUUAGAUGAAGGUUCUGCAAAUAUUCAUUUAAUUGGAUUUUCAUUGGGAGCUCAUGUACCAAAUUAUGUUGCACAAAAUGUUGGAUCAUUUAUAAUACCACGUAUAACUGGUUUAGAUCCUGCAAUGCCAUUAUUUAUAACAGCUUCCAAAGAUAAUAAAUUGGAUUCAAGUGAUGCAGCCUUUGUUGAUGCUUUUCAUACAAACGCUUUUGUUCAGGGUAAAAUUGAAAGAUGUGGUCAUGCUGACUUUUAUAUGAAUGGUGGAAUAAUACAGCCAGGAUGUGAAAAUAAUCCAUUUGCAUGUAGUCAUCAUAGAGCAGCUGAUUAUUAUACAGAAUCGAUUCGAAGUGUUAAAAAUUUUUGGGGUUGGCCAUGUUCAUCAUAUAUUAGUUAUUUAUUAGGUUUAUGUCCUCCAACAAAUAAUUUGUUUGAAGCUGGUGAAAAUUGUAAUACAAACACUGAAGGAAUGUUUAUUGUUUCAACAAAUGGAGAAAGACCAUUUGCAAAGGGUAAAUGGCCUGAAUAUAUUAAAAAGAAUUUGAAAAAUGAUCCGAUCGUCAAUUCACCCUAUAAUCUUUACAAUAAACGUAUCAAUCAACCUAUGACAAUUGAUGAAUGGGGAAAAUUAGAUUAUUCUUUUAAUAAUCUUGAAUCUAAUCAUCAAGUUAAUUAUAAUCCAGAUUUUAUGGGAAUAUAUUCACAAAAUUAUAAUGAAGAUGAAACCAAUGAAAUCGCUGAUAUUUUAAGACAAAAUUCUGAUGUAGAAUUGAAAUUAAAUUUAUGGAAAUUAAGAAAAAUUUCUGAUACUGAAAGUGAUACUAAAAGAGAUUCUUUAAAUGAUAAAAUUUAUAAUAACAAUAAAAAUUCCAAUAAAAUAAAUGAAAAUAUACCGGAAAAUGAUUUUACUGUAUUUGGAUUACCAAUAAUAAAUGAACAUUAA